AUGCGCUGCCGUGAGGGAGGAGCGGGCGACGCGUCGAUGAAGGCGCGCAAGUGGGACCGGAAGAAGUACAUGGGCGUCGAGCUCUCCGGCAAGACGCUCGGCGUGCUCGGCCUCGGCCGCCUCAACAUCGAGCCGGUCUCCGCCGCCGACUGCAUGGCGCGCGCCGACUUCCUCACCGUCCACGUGCCGCUGCUCGACGACACCAAGUUGAAGUUCCGGAGUGAAAAUUCGAACGCGUUCUCUCACGGUGACCAAAAAAUGUCCACCUCAGAGGCACCUCCGGAGGCAGGCCGCCGCACGCCGGCGACACAGCUCCAGCUGUCGAACUGA